AUGCAGCGGGUUUCCGCCUUGCUCCCGUCCUGGGAUCGCACCAGCACCAGCACCACCAGCAGGAAUAGUGCCGGGUCCGGGAAGACGAGUCUCGACAAGGUUCGCGGUUGGGCCGACAAGAUCCCUUCGCCCGUCAACAGGCUGAGCACAUCUUCGAAAGUCGGGCGGGAGGUAUACUGGCCUUCGACAUUGGACAAGGAAUGCGACAAGGCCGCUCGAAUCCUUAACUCCUUCUGCCGCGAUGGCUUCUUAGUAACCGACGAUCGGCCCUCCAGCCCUACGACGACCUCCAGCGGUAACUCGGUGCGCAAAGUCUUAAAGAAGAUACCUCCUCGAAUAAUUCAAAAUGCCGUGGGAUUGGCCGUCUUCACCUCCAUGCGCUCGGGAUUGUGGACGUCCGGGUCGGGAGGCAGUGGAAUCUUGAUUGCUCGAAAGACAGAUGGGACGUGGUCGCCACCAUCCGGGCUCAUGUUACAAACAGCGACUCUGGGAUUUCUUCUCGGUGUCGACAUUUACGACUGCGUUGUCGUGAUCAACAGUUUCACCGCAUUGGAGGUCUUCGGCAGGCCAAAGGUCGCGCUCGGUACCGAUGUCCAAAUGGCGGCAGGUCCGGUGGUAGCCAUGGGGCUACUGGAAAACGAAUUUAGGUGGGCCGACUUGAGCGACACUGUUCUCACCUACGUCAAGUCCAAGGGACUGGCCAGCGACGUGAAAUUAGAUGGUACCGUCCUAAGCGAGCGGGCGGACGAAAACGAGAGAUUCUACGGCUGCAAUUUCGGCGUGCCCAAGAUCCUCGCUGGCGAUAUCAACCAGAGCAUGCCUCAGCUGAGGUCACUCCACGAGGUACUCAAAGCUGCAGAAGGCCGGACCGACUACGACGCGAAUCUUCUGGAACAAUUAGCAAGCCAACUAACACCAGGGGAUGCCAGCAUCGAGUCCCCGGCUAGCACGAGCUCCCUGUCUCCGUCUUUCGGCUUACCAGACCCUGAAGAUCCCGACCCGUUCGGCGUUCUAGCUCUGGGGUUGGCUGGACUGGAGAUCCGGGAGGCCGGAACGCGACUCAGGCCAGACAGCUCACAGUUUGAGUACUGCCCAAGUCCAGCAAGCUCCAUCUUUCCAAAAGUCGGCCGACAGAGCGUCGAUACGUACUUGUCGCGAAGCAACAGGGGCAGCUACAUGUCCAAUCGAACGGAGCGCAGCCAUAUGACAGACAGUGGGACACAGACCGAAACCCACACGGCCGCCACCACCCCUAGUCCUGGGCAGAGUGAGGCCGGAUACCAGCAGUCGCACGAUGAAAUCCCCGAGGUGGUAGAGCCUGUAGAAGUCGACUACACAAAGAUCGACAUCAGCGCCCUCCGGAACUUGAGCGCCUUCCCCGAUCUAGACGACGACCCGAUCGUCAGCACCACCAACGACGACACAGUUCGCGUUGAGGAGAUUUCGAGCUCAAAACCUGGCUCCGAGGAUGAGCCCGAGCUCGAACUCGAUGCCGAUGAUGAAGAAGACAUCGACGAGGACGAGCUAGACACGUCGGAUGACGAUGAGGACGAGUUUGAAGACGCCGAGGAGCCUGUCGUCUAUGAGGUUGCGACAGUGCAGAACCCACGAACAGCCAUCGUUGCGUCACAGGCAGUCCACGUCAAGGGCGCCGUCGUUACUAUUCCCCGCCGCGUGCCGCCGCCGUUGCCAACCCGCAGCCCGGCUCGCAUGUCUCGCAGGAGCAAAUCCGAAUUCGGCGAUGUUGGCAUGAUCAGCAGCCCUCUGCGAAACGAAUUCGACCUUGGUACUCAGGCCGACGGGGCGACGACACCGAAGGCUGGCGAGACCUUUGCCGCUCCGGAUGCGGAAGUGACGAGUGCGCCUGCUGCCAGUGACGUGGUGCCUGAUGUGGAGGAGACCAAGGAGAUACAGAACCCCGACACGGCGACCCGGACCUCGGUUGACUACUUUGCAGAGGCAAACACGAAGGAGACCCCGGCUGCGCAAACGACAGUCUCAGACACGUCCAGCAAUGGGGACAAGGAUGAAAUUAAUUCCACCGGUCAUGGAGUCACGGUGUCCGUCGCGUGA